AUGUCUCAGAUAACCAAGUCUCUAAUAAGGGCCGAUGAUGUACUGUUGCUUCAGGAUGAAAGACAAGCAGUCGAAGGACAGGCGCUUCCACUGGAUAUGGCGGUGGAUUCGGUUGAUGACCAAUACCAGGGUUGUAGGGACAACAUGGCAGAAUUGGUGAAGACUGAAUUUCUUCCACGUGAACUUCAAAACACGACAGUCUUUGGUAAAGCAUGGAGAAACAUAGAAACAAAGAACAAUCUCUAUUAUUGUGACAACGAUGUCUUGUCAAGGAACCAUUGCAUUGCUCUGUAUGUGUACACUGAUAAUGAUGUAUAUGCUGAUUUCAAUCAGGCUGAUCGUAAAGGUAAACACAACUACACUACCGGGACUUAUGAAUGGUACUCACUCCAGUUUUACUUGACGGAGGCUGUCCAGAUUCUAACAGGAAAACAAAAUAACUGCAAAAUAACAUAUCGUGGUACAAACCUCACUUUUGAUAAAAGAAAUGUUCUAGACAAAGUGGUCCGAUUUGGCUCAUUUGCAUCCUCUUCUUUUGUUCUUGAUGAAGCACAGAAAUUUGGAACAAAAUCUUGUUUUAAUAUCACUACGUGCUAUGGUGCUGCAAUGCAGAACUAUUCCAAAUAUUCUUACGAGGAAGAGGUAUUAAUUCCUCCAUACGAGAAGUUCAUUGUCACUGAUGUCUUAGAGAAAACAAAAUAUCCUGACCUCUGGUGUGACACUGUGUAUGUGCUGAACAGCACUGGAACCAGAAGUGACCUGAACUGUGCCGUAGCAACAAUACCAACAACAACAACAACAGUAUCUGGCCAAUCUCUCCCCUUGCAUCUGGCAGAUCAGUCUCUCUGGGUGGCCAGUCUGUGUGUCAUAGCUUUAUUUCAGACUGUUAUGCAGUAG